AAAGAAAGUCUGACAAUAGCAGAAUGCUUAUGAAUGAGACCAGAUCAUAAAUGAGAAGGCGAGAAAUCUGCUAAAGAGAAGUUUGCAUAAUGGGCUCCACAAACCCCGAGCAGGCCCAACAGAAGUUCUCUAACUUAAGAAAGAGACUUGACCAGUUGGGCUACAGGCAGCCUCUGGGGUUGGAAUCUUUGCCUCUUGUGGAGAGAUUAUUCGCAGACCUUAUCCACACCACAGAGAGCCUGAAGAACGCCAAACUAGAGAUCAGCAAAAAGCAGGAGGAUCAUGGAUCAUUUGAAACAGCUGUUGAACCAUACAAAAGUGAUAAUGCCAAGCUAGUGAAGGAGAAUAAUGAGCUGCAUAUCCAGAUUAUAAAGCAGACAGAAGAGGCAAAUGCUACUGUUAGAGAUUUGAAAGCUUCCUUGCGUAAGCUUGAACAUGAAAACACAGACCUGAAAUUUCUGAACAACCAGUAUGUGCACAAGGUGAGACAGCUCGAGCAGGAGGCACGUGAAAAGGCUGAUCGCAUUAUACAUCUGCAGGAGAAAAAUUUCCAUGCUGUUGUUCAGACCCCAGGAGGCAAGAAGAAAACUAUCCCAUUCCGCCGUCAGCGUAUGCAGAUAGACUCCACCGUUCCGGCAGCUGAAAUCGUGGCGAAGCAGGCAGCCCUGGCUGAGGACCCAUAUGUGGCUGAUUUGCUACAGGUGGCGGACAGUAAGAUCGCAGAGCUGAACAAACAGGUGAAGACAUUAACGGACUUGAAUGAUGUCAAGGAGAGGAAGCUGAAAAACUUUAAACAACAGGUUGAGGCAAGGGAUGCUGAGAUAGACCGACUAAGCAGAAUGCUGGACGGAGGCAGACCCUCAGAUGUGGUGGCUCUAGAGUCACGAAACCGAGCCAACGAGAGAAUGAUCUCUCACCUCAAUAUACAGGUUGAUUACCUGCAGCAAAAGUCUCGAGAGCUGGAGAUGAAGAUGAAGGAGUCCACGCUAGCCCAGGAGGAGUCUGAGAGCAAAGCGCGGCGUUACCAGGCGCGUAUCACGGAUCUUGAGCUGGAACUGUCCGAUGUGGACCGCAUGGCCAAGAGGCUUCAGUCUGACAAGGAGUUUGUGGUGAAGGCAGCUGAUAAUGAACUCAGUGAAGCCAAGGUGGAGCUGGAGAAAUCUCGCUAUGAGCUGGAAGGGCUGGAUCUGGAGACUUCUCAAAUGAAAGCUGAGAAUAAACGUCUGAAGGCAGAGAACCUGGAGUUACGCAAUGAAGUCCAGAGCAAAACAGCCGAUGUGAUUCGUCUAGAGGACCUGCUGGAUAAGAUCCAGAUCGACAAACGGCGACUCACUCAGAGAGUCAACAAACUCACAGCCAAUGAGAAAGACCUGGUGCUAGAGAUAGAGAGACUGAAACACAAAAAUGGCCCGACAACCACAAAAAAGAGGUCAAAAUCUCUCAGCAAACUGGACUCCUUUAUUCGAGCCUUAGAGGAGGAGAGAAACUUCUACAGGGAGCAGUCAGAGGCUCUGCAGGUGACAUUACGACGGGUUAACUCACAGCCCAAGAUCAAGAGCCCUACCCCUAAACCACCGUCCAGGUCUAACUCCCGAUCCUCCAGUCCUGUCAGGGAGCCCAGCCCUACCAAGCUGGACAAAAAGACUGUUGCCAAGUACGAGGCAAUGAUCAGGGUGCUGGAAGAGGAACGAGACAAUUACAAGAGAGAGCUGGAUGCUGCCAAGGCAAUACGUCGUCCUGCCAGCCCAGUAAGGCUCACACCCACCAAGAGUUUAUAUGCUGAAUCAAGUGAGAUAGCCAUGCUUACCAGAGAGAGAGAUGAACUCCAGGGAUUACUGGAUAAGUUUGAGCGGCACAUGGCAGAGAUUCAAGCCAAUGUUAAGGUACUAGCAUCAGAAAGAGAUCAGCUGAACACUGUUUAUGAGGAGACCCGCACAGAACUGCAGAAGGUACGCCGUGAGCUGAUCAGGUCUCCUAAGUCCCCCAAAUCCUCACUGGCUGCUCAGGCAGUUCUCCGCCGAGUUGAGAACGAGAAAGAGGAUGCCCUGGCGGAACUUCGUAGAGUCUCCACUGAGAGGGACAGCUUGCGUGAACGACUCAAGAUAGCCACAGAGACCUCAUUGUCUGACAGAGCUAAAUUAGAACAGAGAGUGGAGGAUCUGAAGUCUGCCCUGUCUGCCAUUGAGGUAGAGAGAGAUGAGCUGUCCGCUCGGGUCAGCAUGCUGAAGACUUCUCUGGGAUCCUGUCAGGACCAGGUCAGAGAGCAGGCCAUGGUGCUGGGUCAGUCCACUGAUAACCUGUCCCAACAGAAGGCUACAGCAGCACAGAUGAAACUUCUAGCUGAAGAAGCUGAGAGGCGUUUGGAGGAGUGUCAACGCAAACUGAACAGACGAGACGCAGAUCUUCAAACUCUGGAGGAUCGGAACUCACACCUAGAGAAGAGGAUUGGGGAACUUCAGCGUGGCACUCAGCAGAUCCAAGAUGAGAUAAUUCAGCUUAGGAGCACGAUUAAUGCUCUGGAUCGAGAGAAAGACACUCUCCAGGCAGAGGUAGAUGAGAAAACAGAGAAGAUAGCUGUGCAGCAAGACGACAUUCUCAACAAGGAGCGUCAAAUUGGGGACCUUAAAGUACGAGUCAGUGAACUGGAAGCACAGCUAGACCAUGCUGGUGACAGUAGCGACCUGAAGGACAGAGAGAACAAGAGUCUGCGUCGCCAGCUGGAGGGGACAGGUGAGGACCUGGCUGAAGCCAUGAGGAGUAGAGACGUAGCUGUGCGAGAGAACCGGAGAUUACAGGAUGACCUCGCCGUCAUGACACGUGAAAACCAGAAAGUGAAUGAGGAGCUGCAGGAUGCUUUGGAUCAGAAAGAGCUACUGAAACAACAGGUGAACGAUUACAUCAGAGAGGUCAAGGCCACUGAAGAACUCCUGUCAUCAAAGGAGCAAGAGAGAUCCGAUUUACUGGAGCAGUAUCGCCAGCUGUCCCAGGAGGCCGAGCUGUACCAGACCACGUCACACGCGCUUGAGUCUGAGGGCUCAACACUGAAGAUGGAACUAAUGUCCAAAGAUUCAGAGAUCCGCCGACUUCGGGAAAAAGUGGAUGCACAGAACAGCGAGCUGACCAGUAUGUCACAAUCCUGCCACAGCUAUGAUGUCCAGCUGUCUCAGUUAACGAGAAAUGUUUCACAGCUGGAGGACUCCCUGAGGCAUGCGGAGGAUGAGAAGCAGAGCAUGUUACAGGAUCUGGCUGCAGUGCGAGACCUGUGCACUCGCCUGGAGGCUAACAAGGAGAGCCUACAGAGGCAGUUGACAGCCAGCAUGCUGGACAAGGAACAGCUCCAGAAUGCCUUGGAGGAUCUAAAACAGGAGGCAACCCUUUGCAAAACCCAGCUGUCAAGCGAGAGGAGUUCCAUCAAGAACCUAGAGGAUCUCCUGGCCAAUACCCGCGAGAAGGAGUUCCAGAGUCAGCUGAGUGCCCAGGAAAAGAGCGCUGAGUCACAGCUCGUUAAGGACAAGCUCUCACUCAAUGAGAGCAAGCUACAAAGUCAGCACCGUGAGAUUGCGUCUCUGAGGACGAGACUGGUGGAGCUGGAGGCAGAUCUGGAGAGGACACGCAGACAACUCACCAACGAGCGCUAUGAGAAAGAGAGAGCCUUGCAAGAUCUCCACCGUCAGGGCAUGUCCUCACUGAAUGACAGCAGUCUGAGGCUCUCAAGGUCAUCCAGGAGUCCAGCAAGGUACAGAACCACUGAGACCUCGUACACAAGCACCGCAUCUCACCGGCGAUCAGUGGAGCGUUCCCUGGGCCUACACGAGGACAGAGACCAGAGCCAGAGCCAGGAUGCCUUGUGACCUACCUCAGUCGAUUGAUGUGACGCUAAGCUUACUGUGAUACAUCUUCCAUGCCCAGUUUUAACCAAUAUACAUGCCUAUUUA